AUGCUUUCGCUGCUCCCCGCCCUCCACCUCGCGUUCGGAUCGGCCUACACGCCGUCCUUACCGUCGUGGACGCAGGCCGUGCUGCCCGGAUGUGCGCAAGGGGAGGAGUGCGGCCGCCUGGCCCUCGCCAACGGCCUCACAUUCAACUGCCGCUUUGCUGGCCCCGCCGCGAGCGUGACCAACGUGCUGCUGCUGCACGGCUUCCCUGAGUUUGCGAGCAUCUACUCGGGUCUGAUGGCGCAGAUGGCAAGCAAGGGCUGGCGCUCGCUCGCGUGCAACCAGCGCGGGUACUCCGAGGGCGCGAGCCCGGCGACAGUCGACGCCUACUCGUACUACCACCUCGCCGACGACGCGUAUGCCAUGGCGGAGGCGGCCGGCUUCACGCACGACGGUGGCAAGUUUCACCUCAUCGGCCACGAUCACGGCGGCUUUCUCAGCUGGUUCAUGGCGCAGCCUACAGUGUACGGCAACCACCUGCACAGCCUCACCUCGCUCUCCUCGCCACACCCGAUGCCCUUCUCGGAAGCGCUCUUCGGCGCGAACGCCGAUGAGGAGCAGGUGGUCGCGUCGCAGUACCUCACGAUGUUCUGUCUUGACGACUCUGCGUCGCUCCACAACGACUUCUGGUACUUGGCCCUCGGCGCUACCGCGGGGAGUGACCUCGGCUUCGCCUUCGGCGAUGCCACCACCUUCCAGCUCGCAUUGUUCUGGUACACCACCGUGUUCCUUCUCGACGGAAUCGUCGCCAUGCCGCCGGUUCUCAGCGCCGAGCAGAUCCUCGCCGUCGACCCGGCCGCGGAGUCGGUCGCUGCGCUGCGCGGCCUCUUCGGCACGUCGGUGCCGUGGCCUUCGCAGGGCUUCGCUGCGACCGACACCGUCGGCAACAUCUCGGUGCCAACGCUCUUCGUCUGCGGGACCGCCGACACCGCGCUGCUGUGCACGCGGCCAUACGCGCUCGAGUCGGCGGAUUACGUGGUGGACGCAUCGUACACAUACAAGCAGGAGCGAAAUGCUGUGUACGAUGCGAUCAGUAUUCGUACGUCCGCUCACUGGCUUUCACAGUCAUACGUUGUCGGCUGCGGUCACGACUUGCUCUCGUGCGGCGGCAACAUGACGCUCGCUGACGAGACGAUUGCCGCUGUCGUUCAACAUGUCGGGGAUGCAGAUGAGGCUGGUGGAGAGUGGGCGACGGAGCCGUCGUUGCGAUGCGUGGCGUCUACCGACCACGGCGGCGGGGAGGGGGAGCGGGACCAGUCACCGCUCUUUCUCUACUUUGCAGUCGGCAACCUCACAUAA